UAGUAAAAGUAAACAUUCGUUUGGGUUCCGUUUGCUGCCGGUGAGGGUGAAGCGAAGAUCUUCAGAGUCAUUAGGUUCUUAAUAUUUGUCUCAGAAAUCUCAGAAUAUAUAUUUGUUUCUUAUUCUGCGCGUCUAGUCUGCGCUGUGCUUGUUUAUUUUCAGUUAUCAUCUAGUUUAUUGUUUUAUUUUUUAACAUCAACAAGCUGAUUAGGCAGAAUUAGUUUAAGUCACUCAAAGUGAGACUAUGAGGGGCCGAACUAUGGCACCCCCAGGGGUCCCUUCAGGAUAUAAUUUAAAUCAGUAUUCACAACAACAGGGAAAUCACAGAGGAACACACCAGAACAAGCAAAAAAGGAAUUGGACACAUCCCCACAAUCAAUAUAGUUAUUACCCUCCUGAGAACCAAUACUUCAUGAAUGAUGCUAUGAAUAAUAGUAUGAUCUCAAACUAUUCUAGGGGUGGAUAUGGACGUGGAGGUGGUGGUCACAACCUAAAUUUUGCAGGGCUUGGUAGAGGUAGUGGUUUGAUUCACCAAGGGGGAAGUAAUGAAGUGGAUCCUUCAGUAGCCAAUUUGAUUUCUGGGCCAAGACAAGGCAAAAGACUAACGAGAAUAGCUCCAAGUCAUGUUGAAACUGCUGGCUGUAGUGUUACAUACAAAAAAACAGGUGGUGGUGACAGAGUAACAAAUUAUAACCAUAAUAGGCUUCAACAGGGGAGAAAUUUGCAUGAGAGAGAAGGUGAGCUGGAACAGAGCAGGGUAAAGCAAGAACAUCAUGGAGAUGCUUUGCAGAUAACCAUGUAUUGUUGUCCAAAAUGUGGAAACCAGUAUAGCUCCAAAAAUGCACAUUCAAGAUUUUCAGGAAAAGUUCCCUUGAUUCUCCAAUGCAGUCACACAGUAUGCCAAGAAUGCAUAUUUCAAGGAUUAAAAAAUAAUAAAGUUAACUGCCCAGUUUGUUCCAAGGACUCAGUUAUUACAGAGGAACAAACUCCAGUUUCUAUUGCAGACAUGCAGACUAUAUUUUUGCCAAACUUCUACAUUCUCGGCGUGGUAUCAUAUUACAAAUUUUCUUCAGGGACUCUUAAAAAUUUGGAUAAUCUCUCUUUCAUUACAACACCUACCAAACCAAAAGCAGCUGUGUUACCUAAUUUGGCUGAUCGCUGUUGCUUCGGAGCCUGUUCAAAAGAGUCGACAAUGUAUUGUCCAAGUUGCGAAGGUCUUUAUUGCAAAGAUUGCUGUACAGUGAUGCACAAAAGCACCAACAAAUUGAUGAGCCAUGAGCCUGUCCCAAAACGGAUGCAAAAACAAAAAUUCUCUUUAAUGUUGGAAAGUUGUGACACUCAUCCAGAUAUGCAGGUGGAAUUUUAUUGUACUGAAUGUGAUGUAUCGGGAUGUUGUUAUUGUGUGCUGGACGGACAUGCGGCUCACGAAAGAGCUCCACUUUAUCAUUUAAAUGCUGAAGAAUUAAAAGACUUUAAGACACUGAAAAAAGAGGCAGAAAAAGCCUUAAAGGAAGUCCUCUACACCCAACAAAAAUCAAGAAAAUUGACCAAUUUCGACACGAGCUCGGUUAAAAAAGAUGUUUGCCAAUUCUUUGGCGACUUCCACGGCAAGCUCGAGGCAUUAGAGAAAAAACUUUGUGAUGAGUUGGAAGGCUUUAAGUUGAAUAACAAGGGCCUAGAUAACAUCCAGAAUUCCUUACAGCAGGCUGCCGAGCAGCUCACAAUGCUGGUGUCUUUGAACGAGGAUAAACUUGACGAAAAAAAAUUUAAUUUUAAAUUGGCUCUAGAAAAAUUGAGGCAAAUUGACAGUAUUCCGAGGUUUUUGUUAAACAAUGAAGAGCAAUCUGAACCUAUAAGGUUUAUAAAACAAAGUGACGUGUUGGACGAUUUAGAAAAUUUACUCGGCUUAGAGAAAUCUCUGGAGUCUGACUACCGUUUGGUGACUAAAAAAGAAUUACCAGAAAAUUAUGUCAAUGAUUUGGACUACAGUGAUAAUGAAGUUGAAGAAAAUUUUAAUGCGAUCUUGAGGACAUCACAGGAAGAAGUCGCUACUGUUAAGAAUGUAUCCCCUACCGUUAGCUCCAUUAAGUCGAAGAUAUCACAAAAAAGUAAAAAAGAUCCUUUCAAAAAGAAAUUAGAUUUGGAGAGAGUGGCAGUGCAACACAUUAAUUCCAUGGAUAGUUUUUUUGUGCAAUACAAACAUGAUAUGUCAAAGCUCGUUCAAUUGAACAAAGAAAUUGAAAACUUCGUCAAGAUGGGUGGGGCCGAAUCAGUAUCUGAUCCACAGAUUAACGAAUUAUACUUAGCCCUUUACAUAAACGAAUCCAACGGCCUGAAAGAACAACAGUGGUGCAGAGCUAGACUUAUCGAUUUGAAAGAGGCUACACAUAACGUUACGUAUGAGGUGUUCUUUAUUGAUUAUGGAAAAACCCAAAUAGUUGACAAAAAUCGAAUAAGAGAGAUGCCUCCACAUUUAGCACAAAGGAAGCCGUUCAUUAUCGAAUGUACUCUGUAUAAUCCUAUGUCAGUUAACUGGAAUAAAAACGCCCAUUUUGCGCUUGCUAAAAUCUUAAAUGGGAAGGAUGUGUUCAUGAUGGAAAAAUCAUAUAAUGAUGGAAUUUUUGAGGUGGACCUGAUGAUCGCCUCGUCAGAUGGCGGUGUAGCCUCUGUAACAGACAUUUUAGUUCACGGGCAUAAUUUAGUUAAGCCUCAAAACAAUGAUUUCGCAAGUUUAGAUGGUCCUAUUUCAAAAAAAAAUAUCUUUUGUGAGUUUAACAAUCUUCGAGUAUUCCCUAACAGCAAAAAGUUUACCAAAAACCAGAAGGAGAAAGUCGUAAUUGCCACCGUCGUUGAUCCUUAUAAUCUUUUUGUUCAUUUGGUGCAAUACCGAGAAGCCUUCAAAGCGAUGAAUCACGCAAUCAAAAAAGCGUAUAGAAACUCGAGAUUGGCAUGCGCACCUAUUGAAGGUACCUACGUGCUGGUCGAAUAUAAAGAUCCUAUAAGAUCCAACUAUCAUAGAGGAUUUAUUAAAACUAUUGACAUGACGAGUAAUAAAGUUCACGUUUUGCUUGUUGAUUGGGGACUUAAUGUUGUCGUUCCUUCUAAUAGUAUUAGAACACUUGAUGUCGACUUUACCAAACUAGAGAGUCAGGCGGUAGUAGUGAAGAUGACUCACAUCGCCCCCUUUGACAAAGAGGCGAGUUGGUCAUCGGCGGCCAAUGAUUUCCUUCUAAGUUACUUUAAAUCGCAAGACGUUUUAAAAAUGGUUGUACACGAAACUGAACCAGAGGUGGAGGUUGCCUUGUUCGAGACGAGUCGGAACGUUGAUGUUUGCCUCAAUGCGAUGAUGGUCGAGUAUAAUUUAGCUGAUUCCACUGGUCCUAUAUCUACCAAUUUGGAGUGGCCCCAAUAUAAACUUACUCAUGAGGAAUAUAACGAAGAAGAUGGUCUUAUGUCAUCUCUGCUUAAAAAAGUUAAUGAGGAGCCUGACGAAUCUGACGAAGAAGAUCUGAGCAACAUAAAAAAAAGGCAAAUUGACGUGGUGAAAGUGGAAAAUCCCUAUUUGAUAUGGGUACGAUUUCAUGAGUUCAGAGACAGAGAAAACGAAAUGUUUAAGAAUCUUCAAAUUUUUUACUCCGAUGAUAAGGAAAGAGAAACGAAAAACUUGUGGAAGGUUGAUGAGUUAUGUGUCGCCCGUACCGAAACCGAAUAUGCCAGGGGCAAAAUCUUGGAAAUAAAUGACGACCAGUACAAAAUUUACCUUGUAGACAAGGUACAGGAGACCACAGUUUCCAAAGACCGAAUUUACGUUUACAAUAAAUUUUUCACCAAAUACCCGCAAGCUCUCACGAAAAGUCACCUUGCCAAUAUUAAACCGGCUGGCGACACUGGCAAUUGGAGUAUUUCAUCUACUGAGGCGUUACAAGAAAUAUUUAAGAAGCACAAAAGAAUAUACGCCUGUAAAGCAGCGGAUGCCGAUCCUGAACAAGCUAAAAAGAGUUUACCGCUGGAUAUAUGGUAUGGUAUAGUUAAAUUCGGAGGUGCACUAGACCCAGACAGAAUUAAAUUCGUCUCAGUUAACAAAGCCCUGGUGAAACUGGGUUACGCCUUUAAUAUUCCCAAAAAGCAAGAUGCUUUGGUCAAAAAGGCUCAAAAUGGGGAAGAUCUACUUAAGAGCUUGUUGGGUGACAGUGAUAAGCCAGCUGAUUCAUUAAAACAAGAAGUAGUAGCGGAAAUACAUGCCGAACCGAUGGAUCCAGAAACCACUAAAGCAGAAAACCCGAAAAUUGCACCAAUUGCAAAAUCUAAGGGUGCAAUACCGAAAAAGGCGAAUAAGAGAAGGAAACAUAGAAAAAGUGUAUCAAGUGAUGGAUCUGAAAAAGAAAAAGAGAAAAAUGGAAAAAAAAAAGUUGAUCCAACAGACGUAAUCGAAGUAGUUUCUGACAGAGCAGGCGAAGAAGAAGAGACCGAUUGGAUCGCCAUUAUUGAAAAAGAGCUUGCAGAAGGGGGUGAUACAUUAUCGAAAGAAAUAGGAAAUGAAGAAAAUCCAGAAGAUUCUCCUUAUCAUAAGAGGGAGGUAGCAAUUGACGACUGGCUGCCACCUUUUAGACUGUCGAAUGGCGAAUUCAGGGCAAGAGUUACAUGUGUAGAAACGGGUGGGCAUCUUUAUUUACACGAGGAGAUCCUAGAUAAUGUUUACUACAAAAUGGAAAAGAAUAUAAAAGAGUAUUUCGAUAAUAAUCCUCCUAGUGUGACUGAUCAUAAAUGGGAACCUGGUCAGUUGUGUACCAUAAAAUUUACAGAUGGUAAUUGGUACAGGGGCAGAAUCCUAAAAGUGAUAAACCCAGAAAAAAUAUCCGUGUUCAUGAUAGAUUUUGGAAGCGACCAUGACCUCCCGAGGGACGUGUUAUUCAGAGAAGUACUCUACACCGAUAUAGGAGCGUUCGCAACCAGAGUUAAACUGGAUAAAGUAUAUCCAAAAUCAGGAGCCUGGCUCACAUCUGACUAUGAUAUCUUCCACGAUCUGAUCACCGAUUGGUGUAAAGUGAUCGUUAAGGGGCCGUUAGACGUGGAAAUGCCCCUGGUAGAAGUUUACAAUGAUCAGGGAGUGUUUAUUAACCAGAAACUGGUUGAAAUUUGUCCUAAUUUAUCCAGGUGCUGCAGUUUUCCCAAUGUUGAAAGAGGAGAGGAACAAGAUUUUGUUAUUGAAGAUGUAACUGAGAUUUCAUCUGCAGAUGAGGUAAUAAAAUCUUUAUUAGUGGAAAGUUUUAUUGAGCAGCUGAACAUACAUGAACAACUCUCUAUACAAGGCUCUGCCAAUUUGACCUUCAAACCGAGGCCUUUACCGAAAGAAAUUCUUGAUGGAAAACCGCUUUUGAUGGAUGUUGGAGGAGUAAUGCACAUCGACAGAAUCACCCUUUGCUUGCCUGGAAGCGAUCAGAGUGAGGAUGUCUACAAUUUAAGUUCUGAUAUUCAGGACGUUGUUUCUAGACUUCCUACUUUAACAGAGUUUAAAGUCGGUAUGCCAUGCCUCGCACCCUUUUCAGAGGACAACGACUGGUACAGAGCCAGAAUUACGGGAAUUAAAACAGCUGAUUUGGGAUACGUGGACGUGUUGUUUGUCGACUAUGGAAACUCGGAAGCGGUCCCUACGAAAAAUUUAAAGGCGAUCCUUCCGCAGCAUAUGGAGCUGAAUCAGCUCUGCUGGGAGGCUUCUUUAAACAUUGUUUUAACUGAAGGGGCUGACAUUAUUAGCGUAAUGCAGGUAAUUAACGCUCUGGACAGGAAGAAAAAGUAUGUCAAACUUGUUAGCGCAGAUCCCUUAAUUGUCGAUUUAUAUGAAAAGAACGACCAGUUGUGUUAUGAGAGUUUAAUAACAUGCGCCACGAUAAAACGAAAAGUGCCUGAGUGACGUAAAACUUACUAAGGUUAAAUUAAAUAAUCUAUAGAAUUUGAUUAUUAUUUGUAUAAAGAAGUUCAUAAAUUAUGAAUUUAAACAGUUUAUUUUUGUACUUUUUUUUUCUAUAAUUGAUAUUUUUAUACUUUUAGUAAUUUGUUUAGUUGCUAAAUUAGCAAUAUUGGUUUUUGAUGUUAAGAAUAGAAUAAGUUCCUUUAGUUAUCUUACAGAGCAUGUUUUUAUUUAUAAUAAAACUGUUUAAAGUAAAA